AUGAAUUCUUUAUAUUGUAUGACUCCUAUCAGUCUUUGCCUCUGCCCAGCAGUGCAAGUGCUCAGAGGGUUUCCAGGGACCUCACUGUCAAUACGGCCAAACGUUUGCAAAGAACAGCAGCUGAUGGUGGUGGGCCUUCCACAUCCGUGUGUGCAGGCAUUCACGCAGACAGCCAAGCUUUGGAAACAGGGCUGCCCCGGCUCAGGAUGGUGCGUGGGUUACGAGAGAAGGACCAGGUACUAUACCAUCUACAGACAGACAUACAGCAUAGAGCAGCAGACCUUCUACAGGUGCUGCCCUGGUUGGAGCCGGCGGGCAGAAGAGCCUGGCUGCCUGCACUCUGUCUCAGCAAUGGAACCUUGUUUCAAUGGAAGAAGGUGCUUGAAUGGUGAAGCCCAGCAGUGCAAGUGCUCAGAGGGUUUCCAGGGACCUCACUGUCAAUACGAUAUAAAUGAAUGUUCCAUUGCCAAUGGUGGCUGUCAAGAUCAAUGCUGUAAUACAAUUGGCAGUUACUACUGCAAAUGUCAAGCAGGCCAGAAGCUGGAGGAAGAUGGCAGAGGAUGUGAAGAUGUCGAUGAAUGUGCGGUGGUGAAUGGAGGCUGCCAGCAGCGUUGUAUUAACACUCUGGGCACCUUCCACUGUGAAUGUGAUACGGGAUACAGACUCCAUGCUGAUGAACGCACCUGCAUAAAGAUGAACCCCUGCACAGGUGGGAAUGGAUGCGCCCACAUCUGUCAGAGUGAGAGUGGCAUCGCCAGGUGUGCCUGUCACCCAGGGUACCAGCUGUCUGAAGACAAAAAGGCCUGUGGAGACAUAAACGAGUGUGCUGAAGGCCUUGCUCACUGCAGCCAUCACUGUGUGAACACUGAGGGAUCUUUCAUUUGUGCCUGCCGAGCUGGCUUUGAGCUGGGAGCUGAUGGAAAACAGUGUUACAGAAUUGAAUUGGAAAUUGUCAAUAGCUGUGAAAAGAACAAUGGUGGUUGUUCCCAUCACUGUGAACAUGCAAUUGGGGGGCCCCGCUGUUUUUGUAACCGUGGACACCAGCUUGAUACAGAUGAGAAAACAUGCAUAGACUUUGAUGAAUGUGAGAGUGGAGAAGCUUGCUGUGCCCAGCUCUGUAUCAAUUAUUCAGGAGGCUAUGAAUGCGGUUGUCAGGAAGGCUUUCUGAUCAGUUCUGAUGGUUGCGGAUGUGAUGAUGUGGAUGAGUGCCUGGCUGUCAGUAGAGUCUGUGACCAGCUAUGUAUAAACUCUGUGGGAACAUAUGACUGUACUUGUGAAGAAGGCUACAGAAUUGGAAGUGAUGGAAAAACUUGCAUCUCUUUAGAUGAUGAUGAACUAGAGGAAGAAAUAGAGCAAUUAGAAGUUGUGAGGUUUCCAGGUCUCCUAUUCAAGAGCCCACCUCAACUGCUUAAUUACGGUGCUGCCGCUCUGUCCCCCACUUAUGAAAAUGAAGAUGAGGAAGAAGAUAUAAAAGAUAUUCAAGUAGAACUGACUGCAUUGCACACAUUUGUCUGUUUAGAUCACACCUUCGGACAUGACUGCAGUUUAAGCUGUGAGGACUGCAUGAAUGGAGGAAAGUGCCAGGAAGGAAAAAGUGGGUGCAUCUGCCCAGCUGGCUGGGGUGGAAUUCUUUGCAAUGAAACAUGUUCCCCAAAGAACAGUGGGAAAGAAUCUGGUGGCAGCACGUGCCAUUGUCAGAAUGGAGGCACCUAUGACCCUCUGAUGCGGCAGUGCCAGUGUCCCCCAGUCAUCCACGGGAAAACCUAUGAAGACGGAUGCCCAAAAGGAUUCUUUGGGAAGAACUGCAGAAGGAAAUGUAACUGUGCCAACAAUGGUUCUUGUCACAGGGUCUAUGGUGCCUGCAUGUGUGAGCCAGGGCGCUACGGGAGAUUUUGUCAUCUGAACUGUCCCAAGGGGUCCUAUGGUGCUGGCUGCUCUGCAGAAUGUCAGUGUGUGGAGGAGAACACCCUGGAAUGCAGCACCAAAAAUGGCAGUUGCACCUGCAAAUCUGGUUACCAAGGCAACAGAUGCCAGAAAGCCUGCCCUGAUGGUCUCUGGGGAUCAGAAUGCCAGUUGCCCUGUGUAUCCUGUGAGAAUGGAGGUCAAUGUAACAAAAAAUCUGGAAACUGUGACUGUCCUCCUGGUUACACAGGACCAGCUUGCACCAUGGUUUGUCCACCAGGCACAUACGGGAAGGAUUGUAAACAGGUAUGUCAGUGUUCAGCAGAGAAUGCGGACUGUCACCCAGUCACUGGGAGAUGUACCUGCCUGCCCGGCUACCAUGGAAACCGCUGCCAUCUCCGAUGCCCAAAAGGCACUUAUGGUCCAUAUUGUCAAAAGACCUGUAGGUGUUUGAAUGGUGGCAGCUGUAACAUGGCAGUUGGCACCUGUGACUGCCCUCCUGGCUUCAUCGGGGCUGACUGCAGUCAAAUGUGUCCCGAAGAUCAUUAUGGACAGGACUGUGUCAAGCUGUGUUCCUGUGGUUCAGGACAAUGUGACCCAGUGACUGGAGAGUGCCAAUGUCCACCUGGCCAAACAGGAGCCAGGUGUCAGCUAGGAUGUCCCCAUAGAAGAUAUGGCUCAAAUUGUGAGCUAAAAUGUAUGUGUAAAAAUGGUGGCCUUUGCAAUCCUGUGGAUGGAAGUUGUACUUGUGGUCAUGGAUGGACAGGAAAUGACUGUGGAAAGCAAUGCUCUCCUGGUCAUUAUGGCCCAGGCUGCUAUUUUAAUUGCACGUGUCAGAACAAUGGAGUUUGCGACAGGUUUUCUGGAAGCUGUGAGUGCCUCCAAGGCUACUAUGGAAGAGACUGUGAACAUGCAUGCCUUCCUGGAUUUUAUGGUUUGAAUUGUGCUCACAUCUGUGACUGCAAAAAUGGGGCCAGUUGUGAUGCAGAAAGUGGACAGUGCCUUUGCCCAGCCGGUUUCCAUGGCAGCCAGUGUGAAAAAGAGUGUUCACCUGGAAUGUUUGGAGAGAAUUGCCACCAACUUUGCAAUUGUGAAAGAGAAAGCUCCUGCCACCCUGUAACUGGAAAAUGCCUCUGCCCACCUGGGAGAACAGGAGCCAGAUGUGAUGUUGAAUGCAAGCCAGGUCAGUAUGGACCUAACUGUGCUCUGAAGUGCCAGUGUAGCCACAAAGCUCACUGCAACCCUCUCAAUGGGAGUUGCACUUGCCCCUCGAAAAGAAUGGGCCCAACCUGUGAGGAAAGUGGUUUGGAUGAUCUUCAAUAACCAACUAUUAGCAGUUUUUCAAUAGGUGAAUUGAAUCGUGCCUAAAUUCACCUAUGGUUUAUAAUCUUAACUUUGGCAGCAACAUGUACUUAUUCAACCAUCUUCAACCCAACCUCUCCUGUGGGACAGUAAAAAACAGGACUUCUCAACUUUAUGGCCUCCAAGCAUAAGUUCUAUUCUCUCGUCUAUCCUUCUCCACUUCCUUUUGCUGAAGAACAUAGCUAAGAAAAAGAGAGUGUUUUUUCAAGUUCCCAGUUGUAGUAACAUUUUGGACUAAUAAAUGAACCUUUUUUAAAUAUGCACAGGUGGUAUUUAAAUUUGGAAGUAAGAACUGCUUUUCGGUUCAGGUUGGACUGCACUAAAAUAUUCACACCUAUUCACUGAAGACCUCAGUGCCCAUUAAGUAGCUGGAUGCUCUUCGGAAAUGUCUAGAAUUUCAUCUAUUUAUUCUCAGUAUCCUGCUUCACUGCUAAGUCUGCUUCAGUUUGCUAAUGCAUUGGAUUUCAAACAGGACUUCUUGUGUGGGAGACUAUUAUAAAGACUUUAGCCAUAUAAAGAUCAGAGUAAAAGUGUAACAUGUACACUAACAAUAAAUCAUUAAUAUGUUUAGUGGGGAUCUCCCCAUCAAAUGAUUAGCAGCCAGGAAAAAAGUGAGCACAAACAGUCAAGGUGAGCAAUUUGCUCUGAAGAACAUAAACUUCCCAUAGAGUAGGACCUGAUUGGAAUCAGGCUUUUAGUCCACAUUGGUAAUCUUGACUCAAAUUGCACAUCUGCUUGGUCAGUUCUGCAGCCACUUGUAAGCAUGAGUCUUGUGAUAAGCCUAAGAAAUUUACAGUAAUAAAUAUAAUUUUAUUUUUGCUCUCAAGUAGUUUAUUAGCUUUCAAAAUACUGGUUAAUUCAUAUUAGAGAACAAUAACUUUCUUGAUAGACAAUGCUGGUACUCAUGUUCCACAAGCUUUAUGGGGAUAAAAAUGGACAGUUUUGACAUUAUAUGACAUGUAUAUGCCUGAGUACCUUUCAAAUCAAAACUUCGGGAUAGAAUUUACUGAAGGAUUUGUUUACUGAAGGAUUUAUGACAUUAAAAAUACUUGUUUUUAUCAGUUCAAUAUCAUCUCUGACCCUUUCUUCACAUUUUUCUUCUCAUAUCUGAGCACAAUUUAACAAAAAUACAGCAUAUCUAAAAUAGUCAGCCAUGCCAAAUUUAAUGGUAUUAAAUGAUAUAAAAAUUUGAUUGUAUAACUUCCUAGAUUACUUAUACAUUUGGUUUAAUCUUUAAAAAGCUGCAAU